CCCGCGCUUCUCCCCCCCGCCGACCCUCGAAACAUCCAAGUCAUCCCACAUCCCUCAUACUAAAUGCCUCCCUUCUUUUCUUACACCACCCUCCCUUAUCAACUCACGGCGAGCCCCCAUCCCAUGCGCAACUUCCCCAAGUAUCUGGCGGAGCUGGAGGAUGCGGAGCCGCUGCCGCAAGCAGAAGAGGACAUGUGGGAAUUGCAUCGCGCACUGUAUCGAUCGGUGGUGUUAGGCAUGUUUCGGUUUGACGUGUCCUACGACGAUCACAACAUCGCUGAGAAUCUGCGGGCGUACUACGUCAUCUCACGGCCCAAGCCGAAGAAGGAGGGCACGGUGGCAUUGUACCCGUUCGGAGAGAUCGGGACGAGCAGGCCGGGACUGCUAGAACUCAUCCAUAUCGAGUUGUUGUCUACCGCGAAAGUGAUCGCCAGCGAAGAAGAGGAUUUCCAACUCCACCUGCGAACAGCAUCGGCUCCACGGCGAUCUUACCACGCGGUGGUGAUACCAGAUUAUAUCGCGCGGGAGGGAGAAAAGGUGGACCGUGAGCAUUGCCGACCAAAAGUCAUUGCGGCCUCCCUCAUCCUACCCCAAGCCAGUAGCCCCGAGGGCCAUCAGGAAGAUGCCCAAGAGGAGACGUCGCCAACCAUCACCGGAGGCGCAAGGAAGCCGGGUGGGACCCGAAGAAGAGGUGGGCCAGGCCGGGCGGGUACGGAAGCCAGAGCCUGUUCCGGAAAGCAAGGCGACACCGAUCGAGGGACCUCCACCGGGGGAAGGAGCAGGAACAAGCGGAUUCCGGAUACGCGGGAGCCCUCCGAAGCUGACACCACCGCCGCCGCUCCUUCCCGAUCUCAAUCUUGAUGGAGCCGGCCCGUCACCACUAGU